GACCUAUAUAAGCACCUUCUAACAACUUCACUCAUCCACUCGUGAGGCAUUACGGUGAUUGUCUGUCAUGGCUGUGUUCAAGUUCGCUGUGGGUCUGCUGGCCCUGCUGCUGGUGUGUGCUUGGGCUGAGGAGGUGGAGACAGAUGAGAUUGUGGAGGACACCAAUGCUGAGCUGUCUGUGUCUGAACUGCUGGAGAGAGCCAACAGGGACCGCACUCCUGACUUUGAUGAGCCCGAGCUGAUGGGAGACAUCGCUAUCAACUCUCCUGAUGAGAGGAACGCCGACCCUUGCACUUCCCGCGGUUGCAUGUGGGGCAAGUACAAUGACGGCAAAGUCUACGUGCCCUACGUCAUUGCCAACCACUACUCUUCCCGCGAGCUGUCUAUCAUUCAGCGUGGUCUUGACUCCUUCUCCUCCAUGUCCUGCAUCCGCUUCAAGCGCCGCUCCAACGAGAGGGACUACCUCAGCAUUGAGUCUCGUAACGGAUGUUACUCCUACGUUGGUCGUACUGGUAAUGCUCAGACCGUGUCUCUGAGCCGUUCCGGCUGCUUGUACCACAACACCGUCCAGCACGAGCUGCUCCACGCUCUGGGCUUCAACCACGAGCAGACCCGCAACGACCGUGACAACUACAUCCGUGUGGUCUGGGAGAACGUCAUUACCGACAUGAAGCACAACUUCAACAAGAAGAACACCCUCAACCAGGGAACUUCCUAUGAUUACAACUCCGUCAUGCAGUACCACAAGUAUGCAUUCUCCAAGAACAACCGCCCUACAAUGGUGCCCAUCCCUAACAGCAAUGUUGAGAUUGGCAAGGCCACCCAGAUGAGCCAGAAUGACGUCAACAGGCUCAACAGGCUGUACAAGUGCUAAGCACGCAGGCAUUGAUCAGGACAACAGCCAGGCUGCCUGGGGGAGAACUCCAGACGUUUUAAUGGCUGGAACUUUAAUAUCAUCUUAUUUGAUAGCAAUACUUUGUUGCUCAGCAGUUCAAAAUGCAUUCACUCAAUAAAUCAUCAGAACAU